AUGAUCUCUGGUCGGAAGCCCUUCGGGGGCGACAGGAAGAACCCUGCCGCGGUGCUCUUCGCCAUUGCCGCGGCCAACGGGACACCCCCACGUCUCCCGGACAACUGUGAGGCCUCGGCAUCGCUCCGUGCCUUCUUAGACCUUUGCUUUGUUCGUGACGCGCAACUGCGGCCCAGGGCGCAGGAAUUGCUGUCCCACGAGUGGUUUUUGGAGGCGCCCGGGGACAGUGACACGCGUGGAGGCACCGGUGGCGCCCGCGUGUUGGGCGUUGUGCCGCCGUCGCCGCGGUCAACUUUGGGGCUGUUGCGUCCCUUACCCAACAUGCUGGACACCGCGGAUAUUAUGGAUAGAGAGCUGCAGGCGCCGCUAAAGAUACGGACCCUGGUGUCACAGAGGCGUGAGGCGACGAGGCAAAUGCACGGCGAAGGCAGCUCAGUGGUAGUGCUGGGACCACGCGCGCCUGGUGCCUCCUGCGUCGCGCGCGACAAUGAGGUGCAAGGCGGUUUCUUUAGCUCGGACGGCCACUACGUGGAUUUGGCGCAGGCGCCGCCGCCACUCUCGCCGUACACGCGAGAUAAGAGGAGUUGA